AUGUCAGAAGAAAAUUUAUUUCAUGGUAUAGCAGUACAAGACUACAAUGAUUGGAAAAAUCCCAAAAAGAUCCAAUUCAAAGCAAAAACUUUCAAUGACCACGAUAUUCAAAUCAAAGUAGAGUGUUGUGGUGUGUGUGGGUCAGAUAUUCAUGCAGCCUCAGGUCAUUGGGGUAACAUUCCCACGCCAUUGGUGGUAGGUCAUGAAAUUGUCGGAAGAGUCGUCAAGGUUGGGGACCGCUGUGAUAAUGGCUUAAAGGUUGGUGAUCGUGUUGGUGUCGGUGCUCAGGUAUUCUCUUGUUUGGAAUGUAAUCGUUGUAAGACUGAUAAUGAGUCUUAUUGUCCAAAAUGGGUUGCAACUUAUGGUGGUGAAUAUCCUGAUGGUUAUAUUUCUAAAGGUGGGUAUGCCGAUUUUGUAAGAGUUCAUGAACAUUUCGUAGUACCUAUUCCAGAAAACAUUCCCUCUGAAUAUGCAGCUCCUUUGCUUUGUGGGGGGUUAACAGUAUUUUCACCUUUGUUAAGAAAUGGUUGUGGUCCAGGUAAGAAAGUUGGGAUCGUUGGUAUUGGUGGUAUUGGUCAUCAAGGUGUGAUCUUUGCAAAUGCUAUGGGUGCUGAAGUAUAUGCCAUUUCCCGUACUUCUAAAAAGAAAGAUGAUGCUUUCAAAUUGGGAGCUCACCAUUUCAUUGCCACUAAGGAAGAGCCAGAUUGGGGGACCAAAUAUUAUGAUACUUUUGAUUUGAUUGUUGUUUGUGCAAACUCACUAACUGACAUUGAUUUUGAUGUUGUUCCACACACUAUGAAAAUUGGUGGAAGGAUUGUUUCUAUCUCCAUUCCUGAAAUGAGCCAAGUAUUGAAAUUGAAGCCAUUUGGCUUGAAGGGAGUUUCCAUUUCUAAUAGUCAUUUAGGUAGUAUCAAGGAAUUGAAAACUUUACUAAAGUUGGUAUCUGAAAAGAACUUAAGAAUUUGGAUUGAAACUAUCCCAAUUGGUGAAAAGGGUGUUCAUGAAGCUUUUGAUAGAAUGGACAAGGGUGACGUCAGGUACAGAUUUACCAUGGUGGAUUAUGACAAAGAGUUUAGCCAAAACCAAUAA